GUCAAGAGGCUACAGGUGGCGUGAGAAAAGGGGAGAGAGUAGAGGGCUUGUACGAGUUGAUGGUUGAACGUCAACGAAUCGGAUGUAGUUAGCGUGCCAAGGCCCUUUAGGCUUCGCGCCUCCGGGCGAAAUAAAUUCCAUCCAUCCACUUGUAGCUUCAUGCCUCAAACUCAACGCCCAAACUUCCCAGCUCAACCUUAAACCCAUCAGACACAAAGCUUCACGCUCGUGCAGUUUCGUCAAGGCAUGAACCGGGCAGCAGCCAUCAGCCUCGCCUCAAGCAUCGUAGCCUUUGUCGACUUCGGCAUGAAACUAGUCAUGGUCGCUCUAGAGAUUUACGCAUCCCCCGAUGGCUGGCUGAAGGAUUUUCGAAGCCGUGAAGCGGUUGCGCGGGACAUGAAGCGCUUUGCGGCAGGCCUCAUCUCACCUGACAUUACGCGUCUGUCCGGACAGGGAACGAUCCUAUCUGGUCAGGAGAAGGCCCUCUGUGACCUCGCCACCGAGUGCCAGCAGCUCUCAAUUGCAUUGGUCAAGCUACUUGAGCGCAUCAAAUCUAGCCAUGCUGCCUUCAAGAGGCUCAGCUUAUGGGCGGCGCUUAUUAAAGGAGCGAGAGGACCUUGA